AACAAUGCGUUUUUCCGGCACGUUUGGAAAAAUGAAUAAUUUUGAAGGUUAAUUUUAUUUUAUCCUUAAAAAAAAGUAUGAAAAAUAUUCAGUUUGUGUGGGAAAAAAGUGUCGCUUGAGGAAAAGUGUCAAUUCAACAAUUAUUUAAUAAUACAUUGAUAAGUUUUUCAUUUACAUAAAAAGAAAAGAACUUUUUAACGGUUUUGUGAUAAUCUUCAAACAUUUUUUUUUGCGCGACUCAACAAAUUUUUCUAAAAAUAGUUUUUAAAACUUUUUCUCAAUUUUUUUCCCCUAUUAAUAAGUUAGUUUUUUUUCAAUCUAAUGUGUAUUUAGUAAAAUAGUGCGACGAAAUAAAACGUUAAUUUUUUCGUUAGCAUCGAAGUGGAAAAGUUUUUUUUUUUUUCGUUAUUUGUUUUCAAAUUACAAACAAAUAAAAAUGAAUCAUCAGUGUCAAUGUGGUGAUAUGCACAAUGAAGGAGAAUUAGGUGUUCAAUACAAUCUUUAUCAAAAGAUUGAUUUAUCAAAUGUCGAAUGUUUAAAUGAAGCAGAAGAAGGAACUGGAGUAAAAGUUUUUAAAUCGUGGGAAGAACGUUUAACUCAAUCGGAUUAUGUGGAGAGUGAUGUCGAUGAUGAACUUCUUUUCAAUAUUCCAUUUACUGGAAAUGUGAAAUUGAAAGGAUUAAUUCUAAUUGGAGGUCCUGAUGACACAUAUCCAUCUUCAGUUAAAUUAUUUAAAAAUCGUCCUGGCAUGACUUUUGAUGAAAUUGGGACUGAAGUAGAUCAAGAGAUUGAAUUAGUUAGAGACCAAAAUGGAGUUCAUGAAUAUCCAAUCAAAGUUGUGAAAUUCUCAUCAGUGAAUCAUCUAACUCUACAUUUUACUGGUACUGCUGGCGCUGAUAAAACUCGCAUCCAUUAUAUUGGAUUAAAGGGCGAAUGGACCGCAGCACCACGUCAGGGUGUUGUCAUUGCCACUUAUGAAUUACGACCCCAGGCUAGUGAUCAUCCACAGGAUUACGAAGAUUUUACAAGAGAAAUUCAAUAAAAAAAAAAAAUAAUUUUUUUAUAUUAUAAAUACAUAAAAAAAGUGAUAUUUUUCCAUUUAACAAAAAUUAAGUAUUCAAAUCAUAAAAUGAAUUUGUAUUUCCAAUUAUUGAAUGUUAUGAAAAUAAUUUUUUUUUUUUUGUAAUUUCAUGAUUUAUUCUAAAUAAAUCCAAAUUUAUAUUAAA